CGCCCGCCAGCGGAGCUCAGCUUAUCGGCUUCGAUAAGGUGAACGGGCUUUGUUCCUGCCAUUUGAUCUGGGGAUUCUGAUAUUGAAUCGACCAAUUUCCACCCCUCGUUUCGACGACAUACAAUACAACGAACGUCACCUCAAUCCUAAACCUGGGUGAUCGGCACUCUGUUCACAUCGCGCAUCAACAUAUUCUUCGUCUUUCUCACGUCCAAAUUCGAAAGUACACUCAAUUUGAUCGCUCGCUCGCAACUUGCCAGUUUGCCACGAUGGCAACCGAAGAUGCGCGAUACCGACUCUCGACGCAGUAUCGACUGUGGUCAUUUUCCCCGCCCAAGCUAGCGGAACUGCGAGAACAGACAAACUUCCUGGCGAAAACAAACAUCAUCAGCCGUCUCGUGGAAACGAAACGCGUGGAUCUAGAUGCGGCCGAGUCGAUGCCUGAAUUCUUGACACCUUCCGAGGAGACCCAGUUGCUCAAGUUCUUCACCGUUGAAUUGAUCCGAGCAGCGGACUUCUGUGGACUUCCAACAGAGGUUAGAGCGACUGCGACCGUUUUCCUGCGUCGAUUCUACGUCACGAACUCCAUCAUGACAUACCCGCCUCAGGAUAUUCUGAAGACCUGCCUGUUCUUCGGAAGCAAGGCUGAGGGACUGUACACCCGCCUAGCUAAACUGGCCGACAAGUUCCCCAACACAACCGAGGAAGAGAUUCUGGCAGGAGAGUUCUUGCUGUGUCAAGGAGUCCGGUUCGCUUUCGAUGUGAGGCAUCCGUUCCGCGCCUUGGAAGGAGCUAUCCUGGAACUUCGGCGGCAUGCCGACCUUGAGAAAAGUCGAAUCGAUGCCGCCCAUUUCCGUGCUCGCGCUUUCCUCAAGUUCAGCUCUCUCGUCACAGACGCGUACUUCCACUAUACCCCAAGCCAGAUCAUGCUUGCUGCGCUCUCUCUAGCUGAUCGAGGGCUGGCCGAGAAACUCGUUCAAAGCGCCUUUGGCCCCACUCAGAACGGAACCUCGAACGAAGGCGAGAAGGACCUCACUGGACACGAGAUACGGGAUAAGGUCAUGGCAACGAUCGAGGCGUGUAGGGAGCUACUGGCGACUGAACAGCCCGAGAGAUUGGACGAAUACUGGGGAACUGUUGAGGCGACCAAGGUGAUCAAGCCUCUGAUACGAAAGCUGAAAAGGUGCAGAGAUCCAGAUCGUGCAGAUCUUGUGGCCCUACAAAAAGCUCGACGAGAGUUGGCUUCGCAGAAGGAUACGGGGAAGCCGAAAGCUGAAGGAGACGGCUCCGUGUUCGGCGGUAACGGCGGAGUGCUCGGCGGAAACGAGGCGCGAGAUGCCAAGCGACGAAAGGUUACGGAAGGUGACGACGUGUUUGAUCCAGCUUUGGGUUAAGUCUGAGGCAUACGGAUAACAUUGUUGUUUUCUUGCCUCGGGUAGCAUCAUUAGCUGUCGCGAGGAGACUUCGCGCGCAAGUUCGCAUACACAAGGCGCAAUGGCGUCGGGUGU